CGCCUCAACUAAACCCGGGGCCAAACCGGUUCGCGUAUGGAACGGUUUGGGCGAACACUAGCUGCAUACCAAAAUCAAGAAAAACAUCACCACCAGAACCGACAGCAACAAGGAGGGAGGUGACUCAGGUGAGAUAGGGAGACACAGAGGGCGAAACCUGGUAUCAGCCCUCUGGUCUCCGAUCUGCAGAGCCCGAAGUUUCCUAUUCCCGAAUCGCUUCGAUCCGUCGUAUGAUUGAUGCGACGAUCGAAUGCUAAAAGGCCGGAGAAGAUGGAACAGUUGAAGCUUCAAAUGCGGCCGAACGCCACUGCACGAGCCCAGAAAAACGCCACCAGAAGCAACCUAGUAGUCCUCAUCCUGCUCGCCACCGUGAUUGCCGCCUUCUUCCUUCUGUUGGUCCUUGUCUGCAAUUCACGGAAUUCGAUGAGGAGGGGCAAGAAGUACGGGAUCGUGAUCGACGGCGGAAGCACCGGCACCCGGAUCCACGUGUUCGGAUUCGAGUUGGACGGUGGCGGGAGACCCGUAUUUGAUUUCGGUAAGAAAGGUUUGGGGGCAAUGAGGGUGAGCCCUGGUUUGUCUUCGUAUGCGGAGGAUCCGAACCGAGCGGGUGGAUCGUUGGUGGAGCUUCUAGAGUUUGGGAAGAGUAGGGUUCCCAAGGAGCACUGGGGAGACACUGAAGUUAGGCUGAUGGCCACUGCGGGGUUGAGGAGGCUGGAAUUGCGUGUCCAGGAAGCGAUUCUGGAGUCUUGUAGACGGGUUCUUCGGGUAUCAGGUUUUCAAUUUCGGGACAGUUGGGCUUCUGUUAUUACUGGGUCGGAUGAAGGAAUAUAUGCUUGGGUUGUUGCAAAUCAUGCACUUGGCAGUCUUGGAGGUGAUCCUCGGGAAACAACUGGGAUUAUUGAGCUUGGUGGGGCUUCGGCUCAGGUAACCUUUGUUUCAAGUGAACCAGUGCCUCCUGAAUUCUCACAUACUCUUAGAUUUGGGAAUGUCACUUACAAUCUCUAUAGUCACAGCUUGCUUGAUUUUGGUCAGAAUGUUGCACUUGAGUCAUUGCAGAAAUCACUUUUUUCAACAGACCUGAUGGCUGCUGAAUCUCUUCAGAAGGGAAUAUUAAUAGAUCCUUGCACUCCUAAAGGGUAUUCUUUGGAUGGAAAAAAUGAAUACUCAUCUGCUAUUCAUGCCCAGGGUAACUUCUCAGAGUGUCGAGCUGCUGCAUUAAACUUGUUACAGAAGGGAAAAGAGAGAUGUUCAUAUCAUCACUGCUUAGGUUCAACUUUUAUGCCCAAGCUUCAAGGAAAGUUUUUGGCAACAGAAAAUUUCUUUUAUACAUCAAAGUUCUUCGGGUUGGGUUCACGGGCAUUUCUCUCUGAUCUGACGGUGGCUGGACAACAUUUCUGUGAAGAGGAUUGGUCAAAGUUGAAAAGGAAGUAUUAUUCAUUCAAUGAGGAAGAUUUAUUGCACUAUUGCUUCUCUUCAGCAUAUAUAGUGGCUUUUCUUCAUGAUAGUCUUGGAAUUGCUUUGGAUGAUGAAAGGAUUGGAUACGCAAAUCAGGUGGGAGAUAUCCCACUAGAUUGGGCCUUAGGAGCUUUCAUCUUGCAGAGCACAACCAACUUGGAAGCAGAGCACUCUGAUUGGAUCACCACGGUUGUCAGUGAUGAGUCCCCAACCUUGCUCUCUCUAGUUGUCAUCUUAAUCAUAUUGAUGUUUACAGUUUGGUCUAUAUCAAAGUGUAAGAAGCCCCAGUUGAAGACGAUCUAUGAUUUAGAGAAAGGACGGUAUAUAGUCACUCGAAUCAAUAGAUGUUCAUAGUUUAUCCCAGAGAAAAUGCUCCUCCCUGGUUUUGCAGAUCAGGAUUGUAAUUGCAGCAUCUUAUUUUAUUUUAUUUUAUUUUUCUAAUGCUUCUUCGGUCUAGUGUACAAACAAAACCCACUCCAGGGUACAAUGCUGAUGGGGAAAUUUAUGGUGAUAUAGUAUAUGUACAUUAUGAGGUUUCAACACAGAAUACAGAAUCGACUCCAGUUGUCAUUUGUCAAA